AACUGUUGUUGUGCCAAAAGAACAAGAAGAAGAUCGCAGUAAAAAAAGUCAAGACAAAGUGACUGACCAUGCGUUGGUUGCUAAAAUAUCACCAAGCAUGUAUUGGUCAUACCAACUGUUUGAGCAUCGUCUUUGAUUAUUACAAUUGAGUAGGUGACGCUGACAUGGAUUUUGUGUCUGUCAGAUUUUUUAAAGACAUUGACAGUGACAUUUUGCAGUACUGGUCUUAGUGCUCCACAGACAAUGGAAUAGUCAAUUUUCAAACCACAUCCUUGCAAAUUCGACUUAAAUUUGUAGUUUGUUUGUUAUCAAUUAACUGAAGUUUAACAUUAAAAUAUUCGAACAUCAGUUGGAUACAAAGUUGAAACGAUCUUAAAUUGUUGGAUUUAAGAUUGGCAGAUGUUUUCCAUUUUUUAAGAAAUACAAGCUACAUGAUUCAUCAAUACUUCACUAGACGGCACAUGGUACUAAAACAAAUUUCAUGGGAGUAAAAAAACAAGGUCUGUUUUGGUUGAGAAAAAUUGCAGUUUCAAGUAACCGUGACUGUCGAUAAGUAGAAGACGUCAUAUGCAAAACCAAUAUUUGAUACUAAUGUUGUUUUCAAAUGUGCCAAAAUCCGUUUCUGUUGACGUUCGACUGUUUUUCUCAAGCAUUCUGUACAGUAUUAUGGCUGGUUGGAAGAAAUGACCUUGAACAGAAAAGGCGUUUUUUCUGAAGGUAUAUAAAAUGAAACAACAGAUGUAAAGUAGAUCAGUUAAAUUGUGACAGCGAUGGAGCUUCGUGUGAAAUCUUUCGGGUGGUUUCUUCUAGUAGUGAUAGGAAGUCUUCAACAAGUUGCGGCACAGUGUCCUAGCAACCCGUACCGAACAUUCGAUGGAACCUGCAAUAAUAUUCAGAUCCCGUCCUGGGGUGCCGCUAAUACACUGUUUACACGGUUGCUUCCACCUAAAUACAGUGAUAGAAGGUCUCGGCCAGCAUUAGCCAAAGAUGGUAGUGAGUUGCCUAAUGCCCGACUGCUUUCAGUUGAAGUUUUCGAUGAAGGUGAACAGAACAGUCCGGAGUUCUCGCUGCUUAACAUGCAGUUUGGACAGAUCGUGGCUCACGAUAUGGCCCUAACGCGUGGAGUCCGUGAUCAAUUACCGUGUUGUGCCAAUGGUCGCUUACAGCCUAAUCGCGACCCGAGAUGCUUUGCCAUUCCCGUAUCUCCCGAUGAUCCCGUGUUCUCUGCCCGAGGAAUAGAGUGCUUGAGUAUGAUCCGUACCCUCACCAACUGCGAUGAGAAUCCCUCUAACUGCACAAGGGCAGAGCAGAUCAACGCCGUAACGUCGUACUUGGACCUAUCCAUCGUAUAUGGGAACUCCGUUGAAGAAGCUCAAGCACUCCGGGAGCCUAACACCGGUUUUUUGAAAGUUGAAAUACGCGAUGGUCAAGAUUGGCCACCGAGACAUCCGAGCGCAGGUGCCACCUGUACCUUGAAAACUCCCAAUGAUGCUUGUUAUCUCACUGGCGAUGGACGAGGAAAUCAGAGUCCUCAUCUCGCAAUACUUCAAACCGUCUUUGUACGGGAACACAACCGUAUUGCCAGGGAAAUGCAACGUCUUAACGGUAAUUUGAACAACGAGGAAGUGUUUCAACGGGCUCGUCAUCUCAAUAUCGCUCAGUACCAGCACAUCGUGUACUAUGAGUGGUUGCCAAACUUCCUGGGUCGAAGCUUCAUGUUGGAAAAUCAAUUGGUAUAUCAACCAAGAUCUCUAACGAACGAUUACCAUGCCUUCACAAAUCCUUCGGUUAUCAACUCUCAUACGACCGCUGCCUUCCGAUUUUUCCACUCCUCGAUACAGGGUACGCUGAAACUUUACGAGGAAAGUCGCAUCUCUAUGUCCAAGAUCGACAUCAACGAUCACACCAACAAUCCUACGAUUUUGGAGCAAGCUGUGGAUCGAUAUGCGGAUCUACUUCGUGGUUUGACUACUCAGCCGAUGGGACUUCACGAUACCAGUCUCGAUCCUGCCACCAAGCAUUUCCUCUUCCGCUUCAACAACAUGUUCGGAACGGACCUUAAAUCGCUCGACAUACAGCGUGCUCGCGAUCAUGGCCUGCCCGGAUACAAUGACUUUGUGGCUUAUUGCUUUCAAAAGCGUGCUGCAACUUGGGACGAUUACAACAAACUUCUACUACCUGAGGCAAUUGAACUACUGAGCACGUACUACAAAUCGGUCGAAGAUCUCGAUCUGUCCGUCGGGUUGGCGUUCGAGAAGAAGAUCGACGGUACGCAGACUGGCCAAGUAAUGCAGUGUAUUAUGGGCGAGCAGUUCCGACGUACCAGAAAGGGUGAUCGGUUUUUCUACGAAAAUGGAAACUAUUUCACUAGUACACAAGUGGCAGAAAUUCGCAAAGCAAACAUGGCACGCAUUCUGUGUGAUACUGCCCGUGUAAACCGUGUGGUAGCAGUCACACAGAUACAGCCUGCCGCAUUCCUGCUGCCAUCAAGCACGAAUCAAUUGCGAUCAUGCUUUUCAAAUCCCACUCCUAGUAUAAGAGAAUUUAUACAAACAAAGUACGAUUAGGCGUCAUCCAUCAAUUACGAAACGUGGAUAGAAGUGGAUAGGGGUUGUUGCAUGGGGGAGGGGGAGAGCCAACCUUUUGUUACGUAACGCUAAAUAAAAUGUUUGUAAACUAUUUUUCAAAUAAGAAAAUGCGAUUAUUUUCUAACCUCUGGAAAUAAA